GUUUCCCACCACCACACACAAAGCUCUCCAAAGUCCCGGUCCCCUCACGCGGAUCGUCACAUAACAGAAAAGAAACAAAAAAAUCCAGAAAACUACAAAAAAAAUUCCGUGCGACGCACUCCUCCCGCUUCGUCAACCCCUCCACCGUUGUCGAGCGACCUUCCCUUUCACGACCGCACGUCGCAAGUAGAAGGAACGCAGCACACUCGCCUGUCCACUCCCUAGGUCUCUCACAGGACCGCUUCUUGUCGCAAGUUGUCUGACACGCAGAUAGCCACCAUGUCUGAAGUCGCCAACGCCACCUCUCCCGUCCAGGACGGUGCUGCCAACGCCAACAGCGCCGAGGUCAACACCCAGGUCCCUGCCGCCCAGGGCGAGGCUCCCACUCCCACCGCCCAGCAGGCUCACCAGAACUCCGCCUCCCUCUAUGUCGGCGAGCUCGAUCCCUCCGUCACCGAGGCCAUGCUCUUCGAGCUGUUCUCCUCCAUCGGCCAGGUCGCCUCGAUCCGUGUCUGUCGUGACGCCGUUACCCGUCGCUCGCUCGGUUACGCCUAUGUUAACUACAACAGCUCUGAGGACGGCGAGAAGGCCCUCGAGGAGCUGAACUACACCGUUAUCAAGGGCAGGCCUUGCCGCAUCAUGUGGUCUCAGCGUGACCCCGCUCUGCGCAAGACUGGUCAGGGCAACGUCUUCAUCAAGAACCUUGACCACGCCAUUGACAACAAGGCUCUUCACGACACCUUCGCCGCCUUCGGCAACAUCCUGUCCUGCAAGGUCGCUCAGGACGAGAUGGGCAACUCCAAGGGCUACGGAUUUGUCCAUUACGAGACGGCCGAGGCCGCCAACAACGCCAUCAAGCACGUUAACGGCAUGCUUCUGAACGAGAAGAAGGUCUUCGUCGGCCACCACAUCCCCAAGAAGGAGCGCAUGAGCAAGUUCGAGGAGAUGAAGGCCAACUUCACCAACAUCUACGUCAAGAACAUCGACCUCGAUGUCACCGACGACGAGUUCCGUGAGCUCUUCGAGAAGCACGGAGAUAUCACCUCCGCGUCCAUCGCAAGGGACGACCAGGGCAAGAGCCGUGGUUUCGGUUUCGUCAACUACAUCAAGCACGAGGCUGCCUCCGCUGCCGUCGAGGCUUUGAACGACACCGACUUCAAGGGCCAGAAGCUCUACGUCGGCCGUGCCCAGAAGAAGCACGAGCGUGAGGAGGAGCUCCGCAAGCAGUACGAGGCUGCCCGUCUUGAGAAGCAGUCCAAGUACCAGGGCGUCAACCUCUACAUCAAGAACCUCGGCGACGAUGUCGAUGAUGAGAAGCUCCGCGAGAUGUUCACUCCUUUCGGUACCAUCACCUCCGCUAAGGUCAUGCGCGAUGCCGUCCCCGCUGAGGGCGCCAAGGCCGAGUCCGACUCUGAGGAGAAGAAGGCUGAGACCGAGGAGAAGAAGGCUGAGACUGAGGAGAAGAAGGAUGAGAAGGAGGAUGCUGAGGAGAAGAAGGACGAGUCCUCUGAUGAGAAGAAGGAUGACUCCACCAAGGCUGGCGACAAGGUCACCAUCAAGGGCGAGAAGAAGAUCCUCGGCAAGAGCAAGGGUUUCGGUUUCGUCUGCUUCAGCAACCCCGACGAGGCGACCAAGGCUGUUACCGACAUGAACCAGCGCAUGUUCGAUGGCAAGCCUCUCUACGUCGCUCUUGCUCAGCGCAAGGAUGUCCGCAAGAACCAGCUCGAGGCCACCAUCCAGGCCCGCAAUCAGCUCCGCAUGCAGCAGCAACAGCAGCAGCAGUUCGGCGGCAUGCCCCAGAUGUUCGUCGCUCCUGGCCAGCCCAUGAUGUUCCCUCCUGGCGGUCGUGGCCAGAUGCCUUUCCCCGCUAGCAUCCCUGGUCAGCAGGGCGGUCGUGGUGGCUUCCCCGGCGGUAUGCCCCAGCAGGGUGGCCGUGGCGGCCCCAACGCCCAGCAGAUGCCUCCCAUGUACAUGCCUCCCGGCAUGGCUCCCGGUGGUUUCCCCGCUCCUUACAUGACUCCUCAGUACAUGCAGCUCGCUGCUCAAGCUCAGCAGGCCAUGGGUGGCCGUGGUGGUCGCGGCGCCGGCCCCAUGCCCGGCAUGCCCGGUAUGCCCCAGGGUCAGAUGGCUCCCGCGAUGCGCGGCGGCCAGGGCUUCCCUCAGGGUGGUCGUGGCGGUCCUAACGGCCGUCCUGGCCAGGGUCCUCAGGCUGGCUUCCCUCAGGGCCGCCCCGCUGGUAUCGACCUGAACGUCCUCAACGCUGCUCCUGCCGGCCAGCAGAAGCAGAUGCUCGGUGAGGCGCUUUACCCCAAGAUUCACGAGAUGCAGCCCGAGUUGGCUGGCAAGAUCACUGGUAUGCUCCUUGAGAUGGACAACAGUGAGCUCAUCAACCUCACCUCCGACGAGUCCGCUCUCCGCGCCAAGGUCGAUGAGGCCAUGAGUGUCUACGACGAAUACGUCAAGAACAAGGACGGUGAGGGCGAGAAGGAGGCCCCCAAGGAGGAGACUAAGGAAGAGACCAAGGCUUAACUUAUUCUAGUUGCUACCGAGUAGGACUCGCUCCGUAUCACUCUUGAUCGACAGCGACCCGCGAUGGUUUCAACAGUUUCUUAAUGGCGAACGGCGUACGGUUUACGGGUUCUUACGAUGGCGGAUGGCUUCACGAAUGCACCCAAAAGUUCUGACGAUUUCGACGCGGUCUCCACCUUUUUUCGACACCGACCCCUUAGUUGGACGUCGGUUGUCACCCAACUCGAUCUACUGAGUUGGGUUUUCAACGGUUCCUUAAUUUGUUUUGUAUCAUAGAUGGACGAGUCUGCGCUGACAGCGACACGAUAUGGGUGGAUUGAUGGAUUUCCCAGUAUGAUACCUCACAGCAGCUGUUACACACCCGGCUGGCUUACGUUCGAUCCCGAUUGUUUACCGAGAGGGUAAUGAUGGUAGAUGUAUGGCGGAUGGUGCAUGAUGUGGACGAUGGAUAUGACAAGGAAUAAAUCUUACGGAUGUAGUCGAUAGUCCAAU